AUGAAUUUCAACAUAUCUGCACUGCUCAUCAUACUGGCCCUGGUCUGUGGGACGAUGGCAGCCAGUGCUUCCCGGAAGUGUCCUACCGACUGUCACUGUGAUCUCGACCAGAAAGGACGCUACCGAACGGUCUGCAACAAAGUGGAAUGGAUCAUCCCACCACUGUCACAAUUCGAGCCGGACGUUGAGGUGUUUGUCAUCUCGAACACGCGCAACCCAAUCAACGUGGGACCACAGUUUCAGUUCUUCAACAAGCUUGAAGUCCUGCGUAUCGUGAACGCCAACAUACAGUCGGUCGGUGACCGUUCCUUCUGGGGCUUGGUACGGCUGAAGACAAUUGAUAUCUCGCACAACAAUAUUACCCAGCUCGGGACGGAAAACUUCCGCGGUCAGGACAACCUGAUCGAGCUCGACCUAUCACGUAACCGGUUGGACAAUAUCGCGAGCGGAACGUUUGGACAUUUGAAGGAACUAAAAACGCUUCAUCUAGUAGCUAAUUCCAUCACCGAAUUUACUCAACGGUUGUUCCUGCAUCUGGCGAAGUUGAAGUAUCUUGAUCUGAGCCACAACUCCAUCGACGAUCUGCCACCGGAAGUGUUCAAAGACGUACAGGAUUUAAAAAUAUUUAAACUACGGGGAUGCCGCUUAUCGAAAAUUAAUCCUCAAAUUUACAAUAUUCUUUCCCACUUGAUGGAGCUGGAUCUGGGAUAUAAUCAGAUCAAAUAUCUCGACCGGGAAGAAUUUAAGGACCUGCGGCAUCUGCAAAAAUUACGCCUCGACGGUAACCAGCUGUCCGUGAUCGUCGAUGAAUUAUUCACGAACCAGCGGGAGCUAAGUUUUCUUGAUGUUUCCCGGAACCGGUUGGCCAAGAUCGCGGACCGGGCGUUCGAGAACCUGACGAGCCUUACCUAUCUGGACGCAUCGUACAACAAGCUGUCCCUCAUAGAGCCGGCCUGUUUUCGCCCACUGAAGAACCUGCAGACGCUCAACAUUAGUGGGAAUUUACAGCUGGAUCUGAGCGAAAUGGAGGACACGAUACAGGUGAUAAAGGACAUCGCCGGGCUGAUGGUGGCCGACAUGGGUGCGCUUCCACCGAACCUUUUCGGCGCCUUCCGCCGCCUGAGCGCGCUCAAUCUGUCUGGAAAUCAUAUCGAUAACAUCACCCUACAAAUCAUCGAACCAUUGAACCAUUUGGCGUUCUUGGAUCUGUCCCGGAAUCAACUGAACGGCAUCCCGGAACGGUACGCCACCCAGCUGGCACGGAUCGCCGACGUUAAGCUGGAAAACAACCCUUUGAUAUGCGACUGGUGUCACAUGGGGCCGCUCAUCACACAGUCGAAAAAGCUUAAGCGAGGUCUACCCUGGCAGGAAGUUCCCCGGUGCUUUCUACCCGAACGACUUCGCGAGGUGCGCAUCGACGGCUUGCAUCAGGACGGUGUCGAGGAUUGUAUGGAGGUGAUAGUGGACGAGGAUCAUGAUGCCGCCAGCACGUCGCACAACUUUCUCGAGCAAGCGGGUAGCGUUAGCAUACUGGCUGCCUGUGGGCUAAUAAUAUUCAUCAUCCUCGCCAUCAUCGUCGUGUCUACGGCACUCUGUCUCUCGAGGCAUCGGGCGCGCUACUAUACGCACGAGGACAAACGAGACACAAUACUCGAGAAAAAUGCGGAAACACCCAUCAUCACGACGGGCAGCGAGAUCAACUUCAAGUUCCCGUACAACGAGCGUGUCUGCACGAUCGACGAAAUGUGCAUCCCGCCCCCACCGCCACCCCCGGGAAAGUUGGCCCCGGCCAGCAUCGAACGGUUCGAUUAACGAACGGAACCAGCGAUCCGGAUCGGUGCGGAUGGGCUACUGCCAUCCACCACACCCGAUCCGGUCGCCGAAACCGUUGCCCUGAUCGAGCUAACGGCCAGCCAUGCCAGCUCGCGAGACUCGCUGUCCGCAACCGAUGGGCACAGCACAGCGGGCACGCGAACAGUCACCAUCAGCAGCAUAUCGCAGACCGCCGACCUAGGGUCGGAUGUACCAUCGACGAGCGGCAUCACUGCGAAACCCUUCACACCGAAGAGCAUCCUCAGAAAGCGUACCGAUGCGGGGCUCUAGGAUGGACGACCGGCCUGUCCUUUUUCACACUGUACAUAGUUUCACCGAAACAAACCGGGGUCACCGUACCCACCCCCCGAGGCAAGGCAGGUGAAUUUUAUCCAUUAAGAAGCGCUGUAGGUAAAUCGUACCCACAUGGAUCCGUGCGUGAUAUGUUUUAUCCUUGAAAUCGUAUCUCCGGAACCGUUUACGCCUUCCAACGAACGGGGCUUCAAGAAGCGUUCAAUCUAAGCGCUGGGACAUCCUAAAAUGGGAAAUGGGGAUGUAGUGUGUUAUUAGUUAUUAAUUAUAAUCAUGCGGGUUGUUUUAAGCGCGAUGUGGUUGACAGAUUAGAAACGUUAACGUCGCUUUUUUUCACGUGGGUGGGGUUUUCGCUGGUUGCCAUCGGCAACAGGCCAUCGUGACGUGUGCAGGUUUUGUUGAGCGAAAAUCCGACAUGUACAUACUAUACACACAUCCAAGCACACACACACCUACGGGUUUCCUCGGAUUUUUCCUGCAGUCAAGUGAACUUACGCUUUAGUGACUCCCUUGCGCUCCAUUCGAUCAUGCGUUCCGGUACGUUUUGCGUCUAAAGCCGUGUAGCUCUUGUAGUGGAUAUUUGGGAAAAUCAUCAUUGCAAAAGGCGUAUAUCUGCACUCGAGUUCCCACACUUCCCAACAACGCGAGAUUAAUGAUGUGCGUUUGGGGAGGGUUUUUUUUUGUAUCUCCUGUGUGAUCCAACGCAACUCAACAGAUGUUGGAUGUUGGCCUACCGGCAUGCCCACACAGUACUGUUGGCUUAAGCCUUGUACCAUCACGUGCUCGACACUGUCACGAUGACAAUCAUGAUGGGUUUAUAAUUUUACAACCCAAAAUCCCAGCCCGACCGACCGGUUUGGUGGUGAUGGAAAUCCUACGGCUUGUGACUGCUGGUUUACAUCCGUGACAUGAUUCAACGACCUGUGCGUCAGCCUGUUUUGGGAUUAUUACCGCUGGCUUGUGUACCUGAAGAGGAUGGAGCUUUAACACUGUUAUUCUGUCCUUACCUUACAUAAAGUCCCCCAUUCAAUCAUUGAAAUAGUUUCGUGAAGUGACACUUGGUAAGCUACUCCACAGUUAUUUGUCUAUUUCUACUAAACCACAAAUUUAUUAUCGAUGCACGCAAUGAAAAAUACAUUCAAAUCAGCCAUUCAACAAAACGAAAACGGAAAAAAAUACGAUUGCAAAAUGCAACGCCAACUACGUCGAUCAAUGGCAUUCGUUUUGCGCUAUCCAUAAGCAAUCCGGUUGGGACAGCAGGAGGGGAAAAAAAAACAACAAACAAAUCACCCACAGCAAAACACAAUCAAAAAGGCAAACCCCCUCCUCCCUUUUUAACGCGGAAGGAAAUAAAACUGUAUUAAAGCCAAUUCGCGCGCGCACUAUGACAGCGUCGGUACGUACGUAUCAUAAAAUAUACGACAGAGCGAUGGUAAAAUGGUUGUCCGCAUUCGCUUCUUGUUAACCAAU